AUGUUCACUCCCAUCAACAAACGGGCGCCGACGAAAGGCGGCUUGGAUGCGCAUGCUCAAGUUGCCAUUGGAGUCAUUGUUCCCGUCUCGAUUUUGCUGGGUGCUCUUCUAGGGCUGCUCUGGUACAACAGUCGACGGAGAAGUCAUGAGCGGAGCUUGGAAUUCGAAGAUGCGGGAUCCAGACGAGGCAGGACGAGGUUGAGCACUGUCUGGCGCGGAGGUGGAAGGGAGUCGGUGCUAAAGCCGGAGGGAUUUGUCAAGCAAGCUGACGGCGUUGAUGUGUCUCGUGGGAGUGGCACGCCGGUGGCAGAGCUGGACGGACAUAACACCGAGAAGAUUGAGCUCGAGUGUACGAAGAAAGUUGCGGAGUUGCGGGAGGCUGGCAAGGUCGAACUGACGGAUACGGGCAACGUCGAACUUCGAAGUGAUGCAAGUCGCAGCGAGGAAAAUCUUCCCUCGAAACCCAAGAGACGAGCUCUGGUGCCGCCGAUUGCCUGGAACAUUCCGAUGACCCCAGCGAGGGGACCACCACCGCGCGGCGAUUCCCUUCCUCAGUCACCCACUGCGAUCCGCAACGACAGCGCCGUCGAAGAGACCAUGGCUCGACUCGAAAGCCGCGAAGCACAGCCCAAGCUAACCCUCGACACGGCCAACCUCCACCACGAAGAAACCUUACCCCCAGUGCAAAAGCGAAACACCAACCCGUUCCGCAAAUCCCUCCAGCCACCCCUCCAACAAUUCCAUUCGUCCCCCAAACACGACUCCAAGCGUGCCACCCGUGGAGCUUCUUCCCGCUACAGCAGAGACAACCUAGACCGUUUCAGCGACGUCAGCGUCGUCGGAGCAGACGAAGAGGGUGUGGCCCACGAAGUCGGCUUCCGCGUCAGCUCGGAGAGUAGUCAGCAGACGUACGACGUCGACGUCGACGUCGACCUCGACUCACCCCUCUCCGGGGCAUCGAGAAGAAACCCGCAAUACAUUUCCCUGCCGCCCGCGCCGCCGCCACCACCGCCUACUUCUGCGCCUCCGGGGAUUCCGGAAAAGAGCAACGAGAGAGUUUCGGGCGCGGAAUGGAUGAAGCGGCUGAGUGCGCAGGAGAGCGAGGAGUUGGAUCCGAAGUGGACGGAAGGAGGGGAUGAUCGGGUCGAUGGUCAUGGUCAUGGUGAGAUCUCUUCCGCCCUACUCAGCUGA